AUGUAAAGACCUAGCCACCCAUCGAUAUCCUCAUGUCACUCCGCCUAGAACUCGAAGAACAGUGUUUCUCAGUACCCGGUGAACAUGAAGCUUCAAGUUUUUUCUCUCCUGCUGCUAUGCGCGGGUUCGCUCGCAGAUCUCUCUGCAGAAUACAAGAACACCGCAUCCUUGGAUGGAAACAACUUCAAGAUCUACUGGACUCACAAUGCUACAUCGAACAUGAUGUAUAUUGCACUCGAGGUGAAAGCGACGGGUUGGGUAGCAUUGGCAUUUGCUAAGGAGGAGAGCAGAAACAUGGAAGACUACGAUACCUGUCUUGGAUAUGUAUCUGGUGAAACGAAAAUUUUGAAUGACUAUUUGACAAACGGUCACAGUACACCUCCCAAGGACAAUCAGAAUGACUGUAUGCUUGACGAGGCCAUGCAAAGUGGGGGUACUACUACAAUCAAGUACCACAGGAAGGUAGAUACUGGUGAUUCACAAGAUAUCGUUAUUGAGAAAGGUGAAAUCGUUGUCGUGUGGGCGUACAAAAAUUCUGUAACUUCCCUCUUAAGACAUGAUGAAAAGGGUUUUAAGACUUUGACCAUGAUAAACUCUGGUGAAUCAGCCAAGCUCAAGAGUUUCUAUUGGAAAAUGACGGUUGCAUCUCUGUCUGUCGUUGUUGCCUUGUUUUUCAAAUGAAAUGGAAUCCAGCCACAUUCCCAGCGUGUAUUUUUUUGGGACAUCUUCUACCUCCCCUCCCCCCCUAAAUGUUGGUCUGCAAAAUGAGAUAAACUCAUUGGCAAUAAUGAUUGAUAACAUUGGAAAGGGAAGAGGGGCAAAAGGACAUUGCAGACGUCUCUCUGGAGAAGUGUCUCAACUAUUUAUAUCUGGGAGUGGAGCUUUGCUCUGAUAAAGCUUAAUUAGCCGUAAGCCUUUGCAACUUAUUAUAUACGUUUGCUGAUUUACGCCAAGCAAUAUGUAUGCUAUUUGACAAAUAUUUGUUGUUUGUUACAGUUUGUAAUCUUAAGGGAAAAUUUCCAUUGACUUGCCUAAUAAAUUUUGUUUACUAUGGACUGUGAACUUAAAUAAAAAGUGAAUACAAGCA